UAUGUAAGCCUGCCUUUCCUGGCUUACUUCCUCUGUCUAUCUUCCCUGUAUCCCUGUCUUUAAAAACUCCAUAAAAACAAGAAGAAAAAAAAGAAAAAAAAAGAGAGAAAGAUGGGAAAUUGUCAAGCCAUAGAUGCAGCAACACUAGCAAUUCAACACCCAAAUGGUAGGGUAGAUAAAAUGUUAAUACCAGUUCCUGCAAGUCAAAUCAUGAAAAUGAAUCCUGGUUAUUAUGUUGCUCUUUUAAUUACUACCACUAUUUGCCAUACUUCUACCAAACAAGGACUUAACAACAACAAUAAUAAAGGAGAUGGCCGGAAUACACUAAGGAUUACUCGUGUUAAGCUUCUCCGCCCAACCGAUUCUUUGGUUUUGGGUCAUGUUUAUAGGCUUAUUAGCUCUCAAGAAGUGAUGAAAGGUUUAGUAGCAAAGAAGCUAGCAAAGAUGAUGAAGAAUGGUAUAGAAUUAGCAGACUCAGAUGGACUUAAAGAAGCUGACAAAUUUGUAAGAACAUCCCACAAGGAAAAGGCUUAUCAGGGUAAUAGAUAUGGGAAUCGAUCUAGAACAAAAUCAGGAGCAAAUAGAGGAACGACAAGGCCAAAACCUGCAUGGCAGCCUUCUUUGAACAGCAUUUCUGAAGCUGCAAGCUGAUGAAUCCAAAUUUCAAAGGGAAGAUUCUAGAAGAUGAUCAGAAUUCAGAAACAAACUGUACAUAGAUGAUAGAGAAAAUGCAAUUCACAUUAUUGUAUCAAAAUGAUUCCUGUGUCACAAUAUAAUUAGUAGGCUUAGCUUAUAAGUUAUAUCCCAUGGGCCAUGAUACACAUUUUUACAACAAUUAUGAGGGUUAAGUUGUUCAUUUUUAUUGCCUAUGCUGAGAUUUUCCCUUUCAAAACAAGACUACUAGUUAGGACUUAGGAUCAUAAGAUUUGCUAAUCAAGCCAAUUACAAAUCAAAAAACACUAAUUUUGUAUCGACACUAUCUUAUCGUGAGACGAUUUCAAUUGAGUCAACUUGAAUUUUUAAAAAAUAAAAACCGCUUUCGGUACAUGUGAGAAUUCAGUUGUCAAUGUUUUUCUUUUCUUUUUUCUUUUAUGUUUUUUACUUAAUAGGCGUUUUGUAUAGACCCUUAUCAUAAUAAGACGGUCUCAUAUAAAC